AUGACGAUUGAAGCUCUUCUCUUCAUUGUAGCUGCUCUGCAGGAUCACAGAGUCGCUGCUGUUGGAUAUCCACUGGACAUGGCGCUGAAUUCAGUUGAUGAUCAGUAUAAGGGAUGUACAGAGAAAAUGGCAGAUCUGGUGAAAACAAAAUAUCUUGAGAAAGAAAUGUCUUGGGUAAACAUUGAAAACUACAACUACAAGACAGCAGAAGAUAACUUGACCCAGAAUCAUUCAGUUGCCAUCUAUAUGUACACUAACUCAGAUGUUAAAGUGCAUCGUAACUUCAAUAUGGAUGUGCUUAGUGGUAAAGAGAAAUACAACACUGAUGCAUUCUCAUGGUAUUCACUUCACUUUCUGUUAACUGAGGCCAUUCAGAUCUUGAGGAAAACACAGAAUGGAUGCUUUUCAACCUACCGUGGGACAAAUCUUCACUUUGACAGGAACGUCCUGAACAAAGAGGUUCGUUUUGGCUUUUUUGCGUCCUCGACUCUUGAUCGCAACAAAGCAGAAAGUUUUGGGAAUGUGUCUUGUUUUGAGAUCCACACUUGCCAAGGUGCUGAUGUUGCCAAAUAUUCCAAGUUUCCUCUUGAGGAAGAGGUGCUGAUUCCUCCGUAUGAGACUUUUAGAGUCUCUGCUGUCAAAACUAGGACAUUUGAAGACAAUCUCUGGUGUGAAACUGUGUAUAUGCUAGAAAGCACUGGGAAAAGAAGUGCCCUGAACUGUGCAUUAGUAAACAGGAGAGACGAUGAAUUACUUUAGAUCUUGACAUAAUGUCCGGCUUUUAAGGAUUUUUUGGUCUACUUCACUUUUUCCGGCAGGUCGUCUUGAAGUGAUUUCUUGAUGGUGAACUGGUGUGGCAGAAAUCAGGCCUGGGUGUGGCUAUAGAAAUUGAAUUCAUGUGUGAUAAAUCAGAGUUAUGUUAUGUUUUAGUAGGGGGCAAAUACUUUUUCACACAGGGCUAUAAUUGUGUACUUUGCCUUAAUAAUAAAUAAUAAUAAAACCCUGGGUGUGGCUACAGAAAUUUAACCUACUGUAGGUGUGAUAAACUAGAGGUAAGUCAUGAUGUAACGGGGGGCAAACACUUUUUCACAU